AGUUUCAUUAUUUUUGCCAAAACAUUGCAUGGAGUUUGUAUAAUUGAAGAUUACUUGAUAAGAAAGCAAAAGAAAAAUGGGAAAUUGUAGCAGCAGCAGAUCCAAAAUCAUGAGAAAACAAAUGGAUUCUACCAUGAGUGAACAUGAUGGAAUAAAGAGUGUGAAGGUGGAUGAUCAUAAUUGCGAUUUCUCCAGAAAUUCUAAUCUUUGCAUCUGCAUAAUCACCUGGAACAUGAACGGGAAGGUCUGUUAUCAAGAUUUAGUGGAGCUUGUCGGAAGCAAUCGGAAGUUUGAUCUGCUUGUCGUAGGUUUUCAGGAAGCACCUCGAGAAAACAUUGCACGAUUAUUGCAGACAGUUCUUUUGGAUACUCAUAAAUUGGUGAGGAAGGUGACGAUGCAAUCUCUUCAGCUGUAUGUAUUUGGGCCAUUGAACUCAGGGUCUUUUAUCAAAGAAAUGAAGGUGGAUAAGCAUGCUGUUGGUGGGCUAGGAGGGUUAAUUAGAAGAACAAAAGGCGCUGUAGCCAUUUACAUCAACUACAAAGGAAUUCCAAUUGUUUUCAUUUCUUGCCAUCUUUCUGCUCAUGCUCGAAAUGUGGAAGAGAGAAAUCGGCAGUGCAGACACAUAUCACGCAAGCUUUUCUCAAGGAAGUGGAAUCCUUACGCUAAACCUGCCCAGAUUAUUGUAUGGUUAGGAGAUCUAAACUACAGAAUACAAGGCAUAGAUACAUAUCAAGCCAGAAGCUUAAUUCAACAUGACCUUCAAACACUGCUGACUGGUAAAGAUCAGCUCUUACAAGAAGCAGAAAGGGGACAGGUGUUCAACGGAUAUAGCGAGGGAAUUUUGACAUUUAAACCAACUUAUAAGUAUAAUAUUGGAACCGGUAAUGCUUACGAUACAAGUUACAAGGUGAGAGUACCCUCAUGGACGGACAGGAUCUUGUUCAAGAUCGAUGACGUGGACAAAAUAACUGCAACUUUACAUAGUUAUGACUCUAUUGACGACAUUUAUAGCUCCGAUCAUAAGCCGGUGAAAGCUCACCUCUGCUUUAACUUUCUUAAUGAUCAACAAGCAAAAACUGUAAACUCGGAUAUUAAUUAAAUUAAAUUAGUUUAUUCAGAUGUGUUGUUAGUAUGCGAAAACAAGAGCAAUACAUUUUUCUAUAUGUUUCUUAGGUCUAA